AUGGACGUUGACCCUGCUUUGCCUGAACGGCAGGGGACAUCAUCCAGCACACCGUCGGAACGUGCACCUAACUACAAGCUGCGCUGCAUCCUCAGCGGUCAUUCUUCCUCAAUCUCUUCAAUCAAAUUCAGCACCGAUGGUUCCAUGUUGGCUUCUGCAGGUCCGGACAAGACGAUAAAACUAUGGGAUACUGAAUCUGGAGACAUAAUCCAUACUUUUCGUGGCCACAAGGAAGGCAUAAACGACCUCGCCUGGGCUCCCGACGGCGAGUUCAUCGCUUCUGCCUCAGACGACAAGACUGUUAUCAUUUGGAGCUUAGAGCUGAGGGAACCGGUCAAGACGCUAAGUCGUCAUACCAGCGUUGUUUUCUGUAUAAAUUACAAUCCAAACUCGAACCUCCUCGUUUCGGGCGGUUAUGACGAGACAGUGAUCAUCUGGGACGUCGCUAGAGGCAAGGCGCUAAAAACACUACCUGCACACUCGGAUCCUGUGACUGCUGUAGGCUUCAACGAUGAUGGAACCCUUAUCAUCUCUUGCGCCAUGGAUGGUCUAAUACGACUCUGGGAUGCCGAAUCAGGCCAGUGUUUGAAGACCCUCGUCGAUGACGACAAUCCGAUCUGUUCUCACGUCUGUUUCUCUCCGAACUCAAAGUUCGCACUGGCUUCUACACAGGAUUCCACCAUCCGACUAUGGAAUAUUCAAUCAUCACGCUGUGUGAAGACGUAUACAGGACACGUUAACCGAACAUACUGCAUACCCGCAUGCUUUGCCACCAAGUCGAGUAAAGGCCAAUACAUCGUAACCGGGAGUGAGGAUGGGAAGAUAUACGUGUGGGAUCUGCAGAGUCGACAGGUGUUGCAGGUGAUUGAGGGACAUCGCGAUGUUGUGCUCGCCAUGGCGACUCACCCUACACGAAAUAUCAUCGCCUCGGCGUCGAUGGACAAGGACAUGACCAUCAAGUUCUGGGUGGACUCAUAG